CCUCCCUCCUUUCAUUCCGACCAAGCUGACGGACUGGAUAGCCGGCGUCGAACCGACAUUCCUCUCAUCCCUCAUAACUCGCUCCGAGCAACCGAUUGGAGUUCGUCGUUAUUACUGAGAAGUAGCCGCAGGUAGCUGUUCGUUCCUGAAUCCUCAAUCAUGGCGGACAAGAAGAGGAAGAGUCGAGAUUCGCAGAAACCCUAUAAAAAGCAGAGCUUCAACUUCAAGGCCUCUGGGAAGGAGGGCAGGAAGAAGCGGACCGGCCCUCGGUUGCCCAACUCGAUGAAGAAGGUGCUGGAGAGGCUGAAUCCGGUGGACAGUGAAGGAGAAGAACACGAUGGGAGGAUUGAUUCCAAUGAGAACGACAAGCCCUUCGGAAACGAUAUUUACGAGUACGAAGGGGAGGUGGCACCGGAGGAUUCGCGCAAGAAUCGUAGGUUCGACCCCGUGGAGAAGCUCGAGUACGAGCUUCCUGAGGAUUUCCAGGAUGAGGAGAUUCUGUCAGAUUACGCGGACGGUGACGAUGAUGACGGGAUUGGCCUCACUUCACAUGAAGGCGAAGUAGAUAGUGAGGAGGAAGAUGAUGGAAGGCAUACCCGGAUGCUGCAAGGGAUCACUGGAAUGCCAAGUGAAGCAUUUGAGGGCAAGAAGAAAAGAAGUAGUGCUGUGGUAUCAGAGGCGUAUCCAGAGUCAGAAUAUAAUCCAAGUCAUGAUAUUUUGGAAGGGGAUGGCAAAAUUAACAUUCAAGAUCUUCUGGAUCCUCUUCAAGAUAAAGCUGGUUACAGCGAGCUUAGAAAGAGGAUGCAACAACUGGAGAAUAAAUCUGCGCCAAUUCAAGCUCCACUCCCUAAACCAGAUAGAGAGAAGGUGGAGAGGAAAGUAGCCUAUGAACAAUCUAAGAAAGAGAUACUAAAGUGGGAACCUUUAGUCAAAAGGAAUAGGGAAGCACCGGCCUUGUUUUUCGAUGAAGACAUAGACCUGAAAUAUUCGACUGUUGGGGCAAUAGCUUCUGAGUUUGAACCGAGAACUGAGUUUGAGAAGAAAAUUGCUUCUUUAGUCUAUGAUGAAAAGGUUAUGGAGGCCCACAAGAAGGAUGGAGCCAGGCUUCUAGAGUUAAACAAGGUAUCUGUUGAAGAGGAAAAGGAACGCAGGGAUCGCAUCGCUAAGAUGCGG